CUACUGCGUGCACACAGGUAUAUAUCCUUGCGCCCGUGCACACAUGUUCACACAAAACAAACUUCUUUUCCCCCUGUGAAUUGCGAUCACAAGAACUCAGAACUCCAUGGGACAAGGAGCUGCGAAGGCGAAGCAAGGGGGUGAGGAGGCAGCGCAGAGGACGGAGAAGAAGGACGAGAAGAAAGCGCACAAAUCCAACGAUGCAGACGCGCUCAUUGCGUUCAUGAAGCAGAACUACAGCGACAAAGUGAAGCAUGUAAAGAGCUUCGAUGAAUUCUACCACUCCAUUUACGAGCUCAUCCAGAUGUUCUGCGAGAGCCGUGGGCAGUUGCAGUACAGGAUACCAUCAAAAGAGGAGCUCAAGAAACAGUACGAGAAGGCCCACCCCUGGAACUCGGGCAACCUGACCCAGGAGCAGUUCGAGAAGAUCGCGACGGGGAUCCUCAAGGUGGAGAGCUUCACCUUCGGCAGGGCCGCCGUGGACAUCCUCGUCGUCCUCUUCGGCGUCCCCGUGUGCGCGCUCCUCACCAAGAGGGUCGUCCCGGGCCUCAAGGCCAUCUCCGACGACAUCGUCAUCCCGGCCGCCACCUCCGGCGCCGUCGUCUACCUCGCCAAGUCCAACAAGCUCUGACCGGCGCCGCCGUGCCGUGCACCUCGCCACGCCCGCGGGAAAAAGCAAACACAGGGUGGUGGCGCAUGUUUGUUUCACCGGAAAAAAUGUCAUAUAUGUUGUAAACAAACUGUAAAAAACAGUAAACUGUGUCAGAUCUCGAAAGAUUGAACCGUUGGAAAAAAAAGGGGGGCUGGGUUACCGUACGUACAGCUUGGUGAAAUGGGAUUUGUUUGAAGUUUACCA